CGGUUUACCCGGAAGUAAGCAUAAUUCCCAAAGAUGGCGGAACAAGGACCGAUGGCCAUAGCGAUGCGGCUACGAAAUCAGCUUCAGUCCGUCUACAAACUGGACCCGCUGAGAAACGAGGAGGAGGUUAAGUUGAAACUCAAGGACCUGAACGAACACAUUGUCUGCUACCUGUGUGCGGGUUACUUCAUCGAUGCCACAACAAUUACAGAAUGUUUGCACACAUUUUGCAAAAGCUGUAUUGUAAAAUACCUGCAAACGAGCAAGUACUGUCCAAUGUGCAACAUCAAAAUCCAUGAAACGCAGCCUUUACUCAACCUCAAACUGGACCGAGUGAUGCAGGACAUUGUCUACAAACUGGUGCCGGGACUACAAGAAAGUGAAGACAAAAGAAUAAAGGAGUUUUAUCAGUCACGGGGGUUAGAGAGAGUCAUACAACCAUCUGGAGACGAUGCCAUACCCGACGCUACAGGUUUACCAUACACAAGCUUCGACCAUUCAAAAGCCCACUUCUACAGAUAUGAUGAGCAGGUUUCGCUCUGUUUAGAAAGACUAAGUUCAUCGCUCGCUGGAAAGGAUAAGACGAAACUCACUCUCCAGGUAAGUCGCAUAGCAAUAAAUGAUCCUAAAUAUAUUUAGUUUUCUAUUUCACGC